AUGGCUGGUUUUUAUUCCUCUCCUCACACUUUGUGGAGAGGAGAGCUCUUCCUCCUCCUCCUCCCCUCGUCCCUUUUUUUAUCCCACCUCCUCUUUUCCCCCUCUCUUCUCUCCUCUCUUCUCCUCCUCUCCUCUCUUCCUCUCUCUCGCCCUCUGAUCGACGCCCCCAACGACCGCCCGGCAUGGGAGGAGCUCCGUCCUUUGCGAUCCGGUGAUGGGGGAGGCCCGCCCAUGGACUACGACGGCGCCGGGAUCCAGACGCGUGGCGCCAGAGCCGCUGCCGCGGCCGUGACGGAGGCAUCGUCGUCCUCGCUCGCCCCUGCCCUUGAUGAAGAGACAAUGUGGCAGAUGAACAAGAGAGGAAGUGAAUCUGUGGAAUCUGGACUGUACCCUGAGCGUCCAGGAGAGCCAGACUGUGCUUAUUACCUCAGAACUGGCCUAUGUAGAUAUGGGUUGACUUGCAGAUACAAUCAUCCUCCCGAUAGAAAGCUGGCUAUUGCUGCUGCAAGAAUUAGGGGUGGAUAUCCUGAAAGAGUAGGUCAACCUGAAUGUCAGUAUUAUCUUAAGACUGGAACAUGCAAAUUUGGAGCUACGUGCAAGUUUCAUCACCCCAAAGAUAAGGCUGGAAUUUUUGGGCGAGCUCCACUUAAUAAUUUAGGAUAUCCAAUUCGUCCGAAUGAGAAGGAGUGUGCAUAUUAUUUAAGAACUGGACAGUGUAAAUUUGGGAACACUUGUAAAUUUCACCAUCCGCAGCCUUCUAAUGCAAUGGUUUCCUUACGUGGUUCUCCUGUUUAUCCUCCUGUAUCGCCUGCCUCUCCUGGUCAGCAGUCUUAUCCUGGUGGUUUGACAAGCUGGCCCUUAUCAAGCACCUCUUUCAUUCCAAGCCCUCGAUGGCAGGGUCCUUCUAGCUAUGCUCAAUUGAUUCUUCCUCAAGGGUUGGUUCAAGUACCUAGCUGGAAUGCGUACCCUGGACAUUUGGGGUCUGUUUCAUCUUCUGAGAGCCAGCAACAAACACCAGGGACUGUUCAAAUGUACGGAUCUUCUCGCCCAAGCGAAACAAGUGUGGGAGUUCAAGGGACAAUGUCAUCAUAUCGAUCCAGUUCUACUCCUAUGGGCCAGUAUGCAUUGCAGAGAGAUAAUGUGUUUCCUGAGAGGCCGGAUCAACCUGAAUGUCAAUUUUACAUGAAGACUGGAGACUGCAAGUUUGGUGCAGCCUGCAAGUUCCAUCAUCCAAAAGAGAGAUUGGUACCUGCUCCUAACUGUGUGUUGAGUCCAUUAGGCCUUCCGCUGCGCCCGGGAGAACCCUUAUGUGUAUUUUAUUCUCGUUAUGGUAUCUGCAAGUUUGGUCCAAAUUGCAAAUUUGACCAUCCCAUGGCAACUCCCAUGGGAAUCUUUGCAUACAGUCUUUCUACAUCUUUGUCAGCUGAUGCCCCAGUAGUUCGGCGUUUAUUGGCAUCCUCAUCAGGACCUCCUGCACUUUCAUUGUCAUCAGAACAUCCUGUCGAAGCUAGCACUGGAAAUUCCAGACGACUUUCCAUGUCAGAGUCUCGGCAAAUGGCUUCUGGUGAUGAAGAUGUUGAGGCAGAGGGAUCACAUGCCACAACGAGCAUUGGGCCAGUUUCUUCUUUUUCCUAACCCUUGAGGUAAAAGAAUCCCUGUAAAUUGAGUUCCUGAUGCUAGAUGUACAGUUUUUCAAGAAGAGUUGAAGCUGUUCAUCUUAAGAUAUGUUUAUUUGACAGAAAUCUCAUUCACGUUGUUAGAUCUGCACGCUGUUUUAUUUUGAAUCAAAGUUUUUAAAAGAGAAAAA